CGCGACACCGCGACGAAGCGGCGAGUGAAAAACUAACCUAAGUCAGUCGGCUUGUGGCCUGAGAGAUGUUUACAGUCUCUGAAUAAUUUAAUUUUAAUAUAAGUCUAUUUAUUUAUAACGAGAAAUAGAUUAUAAGGAAAAGAACCAAACAUGGCUGCUUUUGAAGAAAUGGGUGUCCUGCCCGAAAUAUCCAAAGCUUUGGAAGAGAUGGAAUGGAUGCUCCCUACGGAUGUGCAAGCGGAAGCUAUACCAUUGAUCUUAGGUGGUGGCGAUGUCUUGAUGGCUGCAGAAACUGGCAGUGGUAAAACAGGUGCUUUCUGCAUUCCAAUAUUACAGAUUGUUUGGGAAACCUUAAAAGACAUAGAAUCUGGAAAAGCAACUGCUAAAGUUGGAGAGGCUGUGCACUCUCCAACUUGGUUGCUAAGUUUAUACGAUAGAGGCCAUGCCCUUGCAGUAACUCCUGAUGGGCUUCGUUGUCAGAGUAGGGAAAUAAAAGAAUGGCAUGGAUGCCGUGCCACCAAAGGUAUUCAAGGAAAUGGGAAAUAUUAUUACGAGGCAAUUGUAACUGAUGAGGGGCUGUGCAGGGUUGGCUGGUCAACCCAGCAGGCAUCCCUGGACCUGGGAACUGACAAAUUUGGCUGGGGCUAUGGUGGUACAGGAAAAAAGUCAAACUCAAAGCAAUUUGACAAUUAUGGAGAAGCAUUUGGCAUGAAUGACGUUAUUGGCUGUCUUCUUGAUCUGGGAAAAGGAGAGAUAAAGUUUUGGAAGAAUGGAGCAGAUCUAGGACCUGCAUUCUUUUUGAAUCAACAGCAAAAGUCGCAAACAUUUUUCCCUGCUGUAGUUUUGAAAAAUGCAGAAAUGUCCUUUAACUUUGGAGCACAGCCAUUCAAAUAUCCUCCGCCACAAGGUUACAUUGCUGUGUGUGAAGCUCCCAAGGAACAAGUUAAGAUAAAUCCUGUCAACAGCAGUCAAUCUCAAGCAGCUAAGGUUGAUUUGAAGCCUCCAAAUAAUGCUCCUCAAGCAAUAGUUAUUGAGCCAUCCCGAGAACUUGCUGAGCAAACGUUCACUCAAAUCCAGAAGUUUAAGAAGUACAUAAAAGAUCCCGAAAUUCGGGAACUGUUGGUAGUAGGCGGAGAGAGCAUCAAAGAUCAAAUCACUGUACUGAAUCACGGCGUAAACAUCGUUGUAGGAACGCCAGGAAGAUUAGAAUCACUCAUACAAGACGGAUGUUUAUUGCUCAGUCAAUGCAGGUUCUUUGUACUGGACGAAGCUGACGGUUUGCUGAAACAAAAUUAUGGAGAAAUGAUUGAAAGACUGCACAGGCAAAUGCCCAAGAUCACCAAUGAUGGAAAGAGACUGCAAAUGAUCGUCUGUUCCGCUACUCUGCACGCUUUUGAAGUGAAAAAGAUGGCCGAAAAAUUGAUGCACUUCCCAACGUGGGUAGAUCUAAAAGGAGAAGACGCGGUACCUGAAACUGUGCAUCACGUCGUUGUAAUGGUCGAUCCCCAAAAGGAUACUCUGUGGCAAAAUUUGAGAAGACAUAUCCAAACUGAUGGUGUCCAUAGCAGAGACAAUCUUAGAGCAACUAACACGGCUGAGGCUCUCUCGGAGGCGAUCAAGAAACUAAAAGGCGAGUACUGUCUUAGAGCGAUCAAAGAACACAAAAUGGACAGAGCUCUGAUAUUCUGUCGAACGAAGCUCGAUUGCGACAAUUUAGAACGUUACCUAAAGCAAGUCGGCGACAGAGAACUAACUUGCGUUUGCCUCCACGGCGAUCGCAAACCGCACGAGCGUAAACAAAACUUGGAGAAAUUCAAACGCGAGGAAGCCAGGUUUUUAAUCUGCACUGAUGUAGCCGCAAGAGGAUUAGAUAUCAAGGGCUUGCCUUUCAUGAUCAACAUGACUCUUCCCGAUGAGAAGUCUAACUACGUCCACCGCAUCGGUCGUGUUGGAAGAGCUGAGAGGAUGGGUUUGGCCAUAUCUCUGGUGUCCAGCGUUCCUGAAAAAGUCUGGUAUCACGGCGAGUGGUGUUCUUCUCGAGGUCGCAACUGCAACAACACCAACCUCACGGAGCAGGGCGGCUGCUGCAUUUGGUACAACGAGCAAAGACUACUGGCAGAGAUAGAGGAUCACUUGAACAUCACGAUUCAACAAAUAGAAAAUGAUAUUAAAGUGCCGAUACACGACUUUGACGGCAAAGUGACGUAUGGUGAAAAGCGAGUAGGAACGGGAUCGAAUUACGAAGAUCACGUCCAAGAAAUGGCUCCAGUAGUAGCAGAGUUAGCGGCUCUCGAAUCACAAGCGCAACUCAUUUAUUUAAGAAGACAUCAAACUGUUCGAUAAACGUAAAUUACCAAAAACAAACUUAAUAAUUAAUAUUUAGAGCAAAGGUAUCUUUUUUCCAAAUGUUCGCAACAACAAAUGAAAUAUUCUCGCUCUUUUCUAAUCAUACUUUUUGAAUAAAGUCUCUGACUGCAGAAAAACAAACUGUA